CAGUGGCCAGAGUCCUAGUCCUGUUUUUUCAGCUGCAGAGAUGAAAAGUGUCACAGUGUUCAGCUCCCACCUGCUCAGGUUGUUUCUCAUAUUCUUUAAGCACCAAGCUGAAAGCUGCAGUGAUGCUGGUUCUCCACCACUAAAACCAACAAUCCAUCAUUUGGAGGCUGUUAGUGACAAGCAGAGCCUUGUGGUGAGCUGGUUGAGAAACUAUGGAGCCUCAGAAAAUGACAUUUGCGAGAUCCAGAUCAGCCGAACUGAAAGCUACAACAUUAUUUACGCUGAAAAUGUGAGCGUACCGGCCGGAGACUCCAAUAAAUACUCGUGGACGUGGACCUCUGACUUGCCUCUCGAGUGUGUCGAUCACUCUGUCAGGAUACGGAGCUUCUGUAAUCAAACGGCCCCGAGUCCUUGGAGCGACUGGACAACCAACCGUGGAGUCACAAUAGAGCACAAGACAAGGAUUUUCCCCUCCAAGCGAAUGCUGAGGGAAGGAAGCAGUGCCAUGUUCUGCUGCGUUCCACGAGCAGGAGUCAGCAUCACAAGCAUCACUUUCAGCAACAACCCAUACCCUCUUCUGAGCGUCGGUGCCAGGGUUAAAGCUAUUUCUGUAAACAAUCUGACGAUCCCAACCACCCGCUUUAAAACAUUGACCGUCACUUGCACUGACUCAACAGGCGAGACUGUUUAUACCGCAAACAAUAUCAGCUUUCCUCCUCAGAAGCCCAGAAACCUCAGCUGUGCAACCUCAGACAUGAAAACCGUCGCCUGCAGCUGGGAUUCAGGGCGGGUGCGAGACCAGUUUGACCGCAACAAACAAAAACACACGCUCUACGUAAAGAACUCGGACCAGGCUCCCAUCAUUUGUGAGCCGUCAUCGUGUACUUUUCCAGCUGUGGCACAGCUGCAGGAGUACAACAUCCUGGUGGAGGUGAAGGACCAGCUGGGAGAGGAGUCUGAGUCCUACAGCUUCAACAUCUCUGACAGAGUGCUUCCUGUGUUGGACUGGGACAAAGUAAUUCAUGGGGUGAUGGACGUCCUCUUGUCCUGGAGUGUUCAGGGAAAUCUGAAGAAUCUCUUCUGUCAGGUUCAAACCAGUCCAGGGAGCAUCACAGAGCUGAUUUGCAACAGUGGGAGUGAUUUCUGCAAAGUCAAAGUGGAGCACCUCCAACCCAACACGCAUUACUCUGCAAGGGUGCGCUGUUCUGUCGACGGCAGACUCUGGGGAGAGUGGACACCAAACACAUUUUUCACAACAUAUCCACUGGUGACCUUAGACUUAUGGAGGAGAAUCCAGCCUCUGUCUGCCUCUGAUGAUCGUUGUGUUACUUUAUUGUGGAGCUCGGAGGCUGUUGGUGGUGGAGCGACACCAGUAAUCAUCCAAGGCUACCGACUGGAGCGGUCGCAAGGAGGCGAGACCUCGAUGGAAGUGAAGGACAGCGGGCAGAACCAGGCCGUAGUCUUCAUCGGUCCUGGAAGGUGUGACGUCACGGUUCGAGCUGUGCUUCAAACUGGCUCCUCCGUCCCUGGAAACAUCACCGUCCCGCCGAAGGACGUCACAGACUUCCUCCCGUCAACGAGGCGUUUGAGCAGCAUCUCUGCUGGUGGUUUUAAUCUGCUGUGGGACGAGCGGAGCACCAUCACCUGUGGUUAUACUGUGGAGUGGUGUAUUCUGGGAAUCCCUGAGCCCUGUACGCUGCGGUGGAUCAGGGUGCCAGAAGGAAACAACACUUUGCUCCUGCCUGCUAAGUUUUUCAAACCAGGUCGCAGGUAUUUAUUUAAUAUUUAUGGAUGCUCAGAACAUGGAGACACACUGCUGGAGAUACAGACUGGAUACUCGCAGGAGCUCAAAUCUGUGCAAGCGCCAAGUCUGAUAGAGUCGGUUCAAACCACGUCUUCAUCCGUGACACUGGAGUGGCUUUAUGAUGAAGAGGAUCCAGCUCAGCCGGCCUUCAUCACUGGUUACCUGGUUACAGUGCAGAAAGUAGGACCCGGUACAUGGCCCAAUCUAACAGAAAAUUUGUUCGACGUGUCGGUGGCGGACCCCCGGCAGAAGUCUGUUACCAUCGAGGGUCUGCAGCAGCAACAGGAAUACAGCUGCUCCGUGAGUGCUUUGACUAAAGCGGGGCCUGGGUUGCCUGCCAGCAUCGCCAUCAGGACCAGAACCAACUACUUGUCCCACUUGGCGAAGAUCCUCACCCCCGUCUUACUCCUGCUGGGCUGCAUGGUUCUCCUGUGGCCACGACGAAAAGUCUUAAAGAACGGUCUGAAGCAGAUAUUUAUGUACCCGGCUGGUAUGAAUAUUAAAACUCCUGAGAUUGACAGCUUCCUGUAUGAGACGGAUCAGAAACUGCAGAAUCAGAAAGUGGAAGAUUGCAUCAGCUGUGACAUUGAGAUCUUGAACAUCAAACCGUUGCUUUGUGAAACCACCUCACUGAGGGAUCCUGACUUCACAAACACUCUGUACUCUGCUGGUUCCCAGUUUCCUCCUCCUUCAGUUCCACUGCUAACAAACUACUGUCCACAGUCCACCAUGCUGCUCUGCAACAGAUCAACCCUGCAGCAGGUGACGGGCGUUUCCAACAGGAGCUACUUAAGCAUCGCUGCAAAUCCACCUGAGCCAGGAGAGGCCACGUUCAGAGAACUGAUCUGCAGCUCUGAGCCUUCUGACUGUCUGCAGGAACAAUGUGUGGUCAUAUGUGGUUAUAUCUGAGGCCUAAACAUAAAACCACUUCAUUUAUUAAAAUGCUGUAAAUUGCUAAAUUUAUUAGAUAUGUUGUGACACCAGUUUUCGAUUUUCUUAAACAUUUCAUUUAGAAACAUAGCAGCUUUCAGAUUGCCUCUUAUCUCAAUGCAUAAGCAGUGGGAGUGUGCGUCACAAGAGGAACUCACUCU